ACGGGCAGCGACUCUUCCGGCGAUAUCCGUUACCCUAGACGGCAACGGAAGGAGGUUAACUACAUGGAAUGUGAAGAGGGACCGGACGAAGACUACCUGUUUUGUGACGACUGCAAGAUGGACUACCCGGGAGACUGUCCCGUCCAUGGACCCCUAACGCCAGUGAAGGACACUCCGGUUCCUCUGGGUGACCCCCAGCGCGCAAAUAAGACCGUGCCCGAUGGGUUGUCUGUGCGCCGUUCAACCAUCAAAGGCGCUCAGUACGGCGUGUUCACCUUGAAGCGGCUGCCGAAGAGGCUGUGCUUUGGGCCGUACGAGGGAGUCAAGGUGGACAGCAGCGCAGCAAACGGCUACACUUGGCAGAUCCGUCAGAACGGCCGAGUGUUCCUGGUGGACGGUCGCCCCCUGGACCGUUCCAACUGGAUGCGCUACGUUAACUGUGCUCCAGAGCAAAGUCAGCAGAACCUGGCGGCGUUCGUGCGCCAGGGAGCCGUAUACUACAGAACGUGCAAAGUGGUGAACGCCGCAGAGGAGCUGUUCGUGUGGUACGGUGACGAUUUCGCCAAGCAGCUGGGUCUCAUCGGCAAGGCAGGGGCACAAGACCAAGCGGCCGAGGUGGACGUCGCUGCUGCAUCUGAGGUCUUCUCCUGUGAGGAAUGCGGCGAUCAGUUCACCGUGAAGGAGUUGCUGGACAACCACCGGCGACGCAAGCACAUGCAAAGGCCCCAAGGAAAGCACCAAUGCGCCCACUGCCCCUACUCCAGCAACAACAGGAACCAUGUCGCCAGCCACGAGAGGACACACACAGGCGAGCGGCCGUUUGUGUGCCACGUCUGCGACAGAGGAUUCAACCGGCAAGAACACCUCAACAGCCACCUGCUUGUGCACACGAAGGAGAAGCCGUACGAGUGCCCAGACUGCGGCCAGCGAUUCACACAGGCGUCAAGCAUGGCGCAUCACCGGAGGGCGCAGCACUCGGGCGACCGCGCUCGACGGCACGCGUGCCCCGAGUGCGGUAAAUGGUUCACGCGGAGGUAUCAUCUCACAACACACCUGCUGACCCACACGGGGGAGAAGCCGCACGCCUGCUCGGAGUGCGGGGAGAGAUUCACUCGGCGCAGCGCUGCCAGGAAGCACGAACAGGUCGUCCACCGCCGCCAGUACCCGCUUCACUGCCCGCACUGCGGCAAGGGGCUUCCGAACAUAACAAAACUGAGAAGCCACGUGCGCGUCCGACACAACGACGAAUACGACGACGACCAGUAGUAGGAC